UUCUUCGGUUCUUCCCGUUCCCUCUCCUCUGCUUGUUCCGGAAAUGGCGCACCACCUCCUCUCCACUCCUCCUCUCCACCACUACUUUACUUUGCGAUCCCUCCACUCCGCCUUCUCCUUCCCCCCGUCGAUCGGAUCCAAUCCACCGCGACAUACGCACGGCCAAUCCCACCCCAUCCCACCCCACGGAGAAUUCCCAGUUUGAUGCGGCCACGCGACGGUGGUGAAUGCAGCAGCAGCGGCGAUGAUGCUCGGCCUCGUGCAGCUGCUGGUGGGGUUCGUCGUCUCCUGGGAGGCCCUCGAGUUCGUCCUCCGCUACGGCCUCCUCCUCUCCACCCUCAAGCUCCUACUCCUUGCCGCCUUGGCCGCCACGGCCUCGUGUGUCGCCCUCCUCUUGUUUGCCAAGGCUCUGGCAUGGGUGCUCCGUCGCAUGGCGAAACUCUCCAUCGGCUGCCGCUCCUAUGGUUUCAAUUAUCUCAGGGGCAUCACCAUUAACUCUCCUAAAGGACCGCUCCAGUCCAUCUCUGUCGGUGAAAUUAGACUCGGCCUGCGCAAGCCACUCACCCAGCUGGGGCUCACCAUACUAACUCAAGGCCCAGUCCUGCAACUGCGAAUUUCUGAAUUGCACAUUGUGCUCAGGCAACCCGCCAAAUCUGCAAACGAAAAGAAACCUGCCCCGCGCAAGCCAACCUCAGCCUCAUCGCCCAAACCAAAAGAAAAUUCCAAAGGCCAAGCAAAAUGGAGGCUUAUAACAAAUGUUGCCAGCCUUUUAUCACUUUCUCUAGUGGACCUCAGGCUCAAGACUCCAAAAGCUGCUCUUGGCAUCAAGGACUUUAAGAUUGAUUUAUCUAAAUCUGGAGCACUGCAUCCAGUUCUUAAUGUUCAAAUACACCUGAUACCUUUAUUUCUACAAGCGUUAGAGAUAGAUGGCACGGAAAAUGAUUCUUCAUCACCAUUUAACAAAUUGGAUUGGUGGGUGAGUGGACAAUACCCUUCAGCUAUGGACACUACUGACUGCAGCUCUUUCUUGCUUGAGGAUAUAGCACUCUCGUGUGAGCUUCAUCAGAGGGAUAAAAGAAUUAGAGUCAAGAAUUUGGAUCUGAUGUCUGGUCCAAUUGUUGUGAACCUGGAAGAAAAACUAUUCACCAAGAAGCCCUCUACUUCUACUGUUGCUGAUCAGAAGGAUGAAUCUACUGUGGAUAAUAAAUCAGCUGCCAAACCCGAGGGGAGCAAGCUUUUGUCAUUGAAUAAGAAGAUCGAUUUGAUUCCUGAAAAGGUUAGCUUCAAUAUGUCCAAGCUAGAUCUGAAGUUUUUGCCAAAGGACCAUGGCCUCUCGAUCAACAACGAAUUUGGUAGCAUUUCUGUGAGACUUAUGAAGUCACAGCCUCAGAAUGACUUAGGGGUGGCUCCAACACACCUUUGGUUGGAAACUGACGUGACAGAUAUUCAUCUUCUGAUGGAUGGUUCUACGUCUGUAUUAGAGGUUGUGAAAAUUGCAACUGUUGUUUCAGCUAAUAUUCCCACUCAGGUCAGUUUAGUUUGCUUGCAGUGUAAAUUUGUACUGCUGUUGGUUAAUGAUUUCUCAAGAAAUUUCUGCCGGCUUCAACUCGAUCUUUACUGUAAAUUGCUGCAUUUGUUGGAAAACACUUCACUUAUGAACCAAUAGAUUUACAGUUCUUUC